UUCCUCCCCGUAUUCAUCAGGCCGGCAUGGGGGCCGGGCUCUGCCGCUCGGCCUUCCUAGUCUCGCUGACUCGGCCAGCAGUUAGCGGCCUCUCGUCUCCAUGUCCUUCUUCCUGACUUACGGGGAGAAGCGCGCCUCCUGCCUCUUGUUAGUUACCCAUUACCCACCGGCAGAAGCCCCCGAGGGGCACCUGCUUUGUGCCACACUGCGUGGCUCUCGGGGCGCAGAGAUGAAGGAGACCCUGCUGACGCCAAUUGUCUCUUCAAUUCCUCCGGAUCCACCUUUCCCCUAAAAGUAGUGCAUUUGGCUUGAGUAGGUCCUGCUUCCGGCACAGAUGCACUUGUCUGCCUGCCUUAAAGAAGAUUCUGAGGCCGAGACGCAUCCAGAGCGUUUGUGACUGGGGACUACUCUGAAGCAGGCCUUGUGGAUGAUGUGUCUGACUUGUCACUUUCUGAGAUGCUGACACUUCAAAAUUGGCUAUCAUUCUAUGAGAAGAAUUACGAAUUUGUUGGAAAGGUGAUUGGAAGGUUCUAUGGAAAGGAUGGGCUCCCCACCUCGGCACUAACCCAGGUAGAAGCCAUGAUCACCAAAGGCUUGGAGGCAGACAAAGAGGAACUGAAAGAGAAGAAGAAGUUUCCACCAUGCAACACGGAGUGGAGCUCAGCCAGGGGCAGCAGGUUCUGGUGUUCCCAAACGAGUGGAGGUGUGAGCAGAGACUGGACUGGUGUCCCCAGGAAGCUGUACAAGCCAGGUGCCAAGGAGCCCCACUGUGUGUGUGUGAGAACAACCGGUCCCCCUAGUGACCCAGCACCGGACAACCCUACACACAGAGAUCGUGGGGACUUGGACCACCCCAACUUGGAGGAAUAUAUAGGCUGCCCACCCCUGGCCAUUACAUGCUCUUUCCCACUCUAAGCUGGUGCCCUACCUGUUGAUAACCCACAGAGAAGCCUAAAGAGCCCUGACUCACGUGCACUAGGAUGGCUCCUGACAUCGAACAAGGGGGCCUGGAAGGACUCUGGCCUCUGCAAUGUAGCCCAUGACCCUCACCAGCGGCUCACCAUUCUGGUGACCGAGGCCAAAGCUCAGCAACUCGCCUAGUACUGGUCAGCCCGUUUUUGCCACUGUUUCCCCAGAUCUACUUGCCAUCCUCCUUCAGAGCCCUUGAAUGUUAAUGAACACAAAUAUGACCAACUCAAACCUAACUGGACAGACAAGCAAAGGGCUGUAAGCUCCAAUCCUUCCCAUGGACUCCCAGGCUGCCAGAUCAGCUGCUGGCCUCGUCAGGGGCACUGGCAAAAAGGGACGACAUCACUCUCUUACAACUCAGAAACAAGAGGAUACAUCCAGAAAAGACCAAAAAGGAAUGAAUGAAUGAAUGAAUAAAUAAAUAAACAAACAAAUACAUU